AUACAAAAAUUUUAAAUUAAAUAUGUGCAAGCUCCAAGAUCUGGAUGUUAUGUGCUGCUCUCUCCGAGGCAAAAGCAUUUUUCUAGCUUGGUGGACUCUGGCCCAUGCCAUACUUCUAUUAAUAGCGAAUACUGCAUUAUUUGUCAUAGGAAACUUUAAGAUGAUCAUUAUAGUCAGUUCUACAAUAUACGUGAUUUUGCAUAUGUUAGGAGCAAUAUUUUUAUUUGUUGGCGUUUAUAAAGAAAUUCCCUGUUUAUUCUUAUUCGGAAUCAUAUUAAGCUCUAUCGUGCCGUAUGCUUGUCUUAUAACAAUAUAUCUGCCAAUUGUUCAAAUUAUCUUCACCAUAACCUCUUGCAGAUAUUUAAGCAUUAUGGAAGGAGUCGCCAAAAAAUAGUAAAAUAUAAAUUUCCGAACAGCAAAGUUGUUAUAAUUUAAAUACAACUGUUU